GAAAGAGAGAGAGAGAGGACAGGGUGACUCUGCGGAAGAAACUACACCCAGGGAGACAGACUGGGGACGGCUGACAUUGUUUCCUCCUCGUUCAUAAAGUGCCCGAAUUAAAAGAAAAGAAGCGAUGCAAGCCAUUAAAUGUGUGGUGGUGGGCGAUGGUGCUGUGGGGAAGACCUGUCUCCUCAUCAGUUACACCACCAAUGCCUUCCCCGGAGAAUACAUCCCCACUGUAUUUGACAACUACUCUGCCAACGUCAUGGUGGACAGUAAACCCGUCAACCUGGGGCUGUGGGACACAGCGGGUCAGGAGGACUACGACCGACUGCGGCCCCUGUCCUACCCCCAGACGGACGUUUUCCUGAUCUGCUUCUCUCUGGUGAGCCCGGCAUCAUACGAGAACGUCAGAGCCAAGUGGUACCCAGAGGUACGACACCACUGUCCCUCCACCCCCAUCAUCCUUGUGGGCACCAAGCUGGACCUCCGGGACGAGAAGGAAACCAUCGAGAAGCUGAAGGAGAAGAAGCUGGCUCCCAUAACGUAUCCACAAGGACUAGCUCUGGCCAAAGAGAUUGACUCUGUGAAGUACCUGGAAUGCUCUGCCCUGACGCAGAGGGGACUGAAGGCCGUCUUUGACGAGGCCAUCCGUGCCGUCCUGUGUCCCCAACCCACCAAAGUUAAGAAGAACUCCUGCCAGCUCCUCUGAGGAUCGCCAUGAAAACGAAUAUGAACCAGAAAACGACGGUGGAUCACAAUCAUCAUCACGAUUUGUUUUUCCCCCGUGUAUGAAAUGUUACUAUGUAAGUGAAGCUAUGUGUUAAGAUAAUGUUAAUCCCGGGUUAAGAGAGCCUGACUUACGGACAGCUCCAACUUACGGAUGAACCGCCUUAAAUCCUGAUAUAUUAAUAAUUUGGGUUAAUAACAAAGAAUGCAGGCAGGACUUUGUGGCACGUUCCUAAAAACAUUGCAUGGCUUCACCGUUUUGUUGGCUAGAGGUACAGUGCAGUACCAUGUUUACUUUUAUUUUUACUGUAUAAUAAUAAUAAUUAUUAUAAUUAUCAUUAUUAUUCUAUACGGCAUUUACUUUUCCAACUUACCUACGAAUUAUUUUAAGACAGACUCCGGAUACGGAUCUCGUCCAUAACCUGGGGGCUGCCUGUAUGCUGGAUGUUCUUGAAAGAUCACAUACUGUAAGAACGUCUAAAGGUGUACGGGCCUGAGAGAGGCUUACCAAGCUUGCCAUACUGUAUGUGACAGUGAUCCUACACUCAUUUAUAGAGUUCAGUGUCAGAUACCUCUGAGUUGAGACUGCUGUUAAAAUCGCCUAGAUCUGCAUUGCAUUCACUAAUGCAGUCUCUUUACCGGGGAUUGUGCGCACAUGUGUGUCUGUGUUUUUAAAUAAAUGGAUCUAUUUCAUGCAA